AUGGCAGACCACUCCAGCGACCUCGUCUUCGACGACAUUCCCUCCGCCAUCAAGGCCUUCGCCGCCGGCGAAUUCGUCCUCGUCCUCGACAGCCCCCACCGCGAAAACGAAGGCGACCUCAUCAUCGCCGCUUCAGCCCUCACACCAGCAAAAGCCUCCUUCAUGAUCCACCACACCUCCGGCUACCUCUGCGCCGCCCUCCCCAACGCCCUAGCCGAUAAAUUGGACCUCCCUCCCAUGGUCGCCGCUUCCGAAAACUCCGAUCCCAAUCGUACUGCCUAUACCAUCACCAUCGACGCCGCCGAAAACGUCACCACGGGCAUUUCGGCCACCGAUCGCAGCACCACUUGUAAAUUGCUGGCGGAGAAGGAUGUGAAGGCGGAUGAUUUUAGACGACCUGGGCAUGUGGUGCCGUUGCGUGCGGUGGCUGGGGGUGUGAGGCAGAGACAGGGGCAUACAGAAGCUGCGGUUGAGUUUGCGCGUUUGAGUGGAGACGUCAAUAAUGUAGGUGUGAUUGCGGAGAUUGUAGAGGAGAGUACGGAGGUGGAAGGGAAAGCGGAAAGAGGUGGUUUGCAUAUGAUGAGGGCGAAGGAGUGUAUUGAGUUUGGAAGGAGGUAUGGCAUCAAGGUUGUUACCAUUGAGCAUUUGAAGAAAUAUGUCGAGGAGACUGAGGGUAAAUUGUAA